AGUUCUUCCAAGAUUACAGCUCAAUCGCCCCGAGAGAUCGCCUGCGUUCGCUCUCUUCUCAAGCUCCAUGGGAAGCCAAGACGUUUUCGCGCCGAACGGUUUUUGAGAAGGCGCCAAGACAAGUUGCUCCGCUCGAGUACUUAUACGAAGAGUGAAGGAGAGAAAGAAAGAAAGAAAGAAGAAGAAGAAGAAGAAGAAGAAGAAGACGAAAACGAAGACGAAGACGAAGACGAAGACGAAGAAAGAAAAAGAAGACAAAAAACUAACCAUAGUUAUAAUAUUUGUAAAUCUUUUCGUGACGUUUAUUUAUUUAUCUAUUCAUUUCGAUCAUGGUGGAAAUAUCAAUUGUGUUCACGGUGUUAUGUGGUUUGCUGACGACUUCGGUGCCUUUUGCGGGAGCCUUCAACUUUGACCCCAGGGGCGCCUCCGUGCUGCAGGAGCCCCGUUCCUCUUGGCAAUCCAGGGAAUCCUACUUCGGGUACAGCGUUGCCCUGUAUUCCGUGGGGACGAAGGCGGGGAUAAUCGUGAGCGCCCCUCGUGCCAACAGUACCCAGGCAGAUUGGAGUCCCGCGGAGAUACCGGAACCAGGGGCCCUUUACGUGUGUCCGCUCGAAGAUGCCUCCUCCUCCUCCACCUGUUCUCAGAUCCUUGUUGAUAAGUCAGGGAACGGAAUGGUAUCAGGAAUCGAGAGUUACCGAGACAGGAAGGACUACAGUUGGCUCGGGGUUUCGCUCGAUCUGCACGGGAGUGGCUAUACGAAAAUUAUCACGACCUGCGCCCACCGUUGGAUCAAUCAAUUAUAUCUGCCCAGUGACGAUUACUUCAUGAACGGCGCUUGCUACUGGGCCGACUUCCAAGAUCUGUUACAGCAAGAUUUCCAGCCUGAUCUUUGGAAGAAGCUCCUCCCUCUUGUAGACUACAAUUCCCAGCGUAUACAGGAUCCAGAAACGGGACAAACUAUCUACUAUUAUCAGCUGGGUCAGGUGGGGACCUCCGCCCACAUCCUGCAAGACGGCAGAUUUGUAUUAGGUGCUCCUGGUGUAAAGCAAUGGGCAGGUACGGUCGCAACGGUACAACGGGGCGAAAUAUGGACAACGAUCGCUGAGUCGACUGUUCUCACACCCGUCAAGUCAUAUGACAGUUACUCGUAUUUUGGCUACACCGUGACGUCUGGCAAAUUCUGGGGCAGCGAGGAGUUCAUAGUCGCGGGGGCACCCAGGGCGGAUAUACAGGGCAAGGUAAGCCUUUUAAGCACAACUGGCGUCUUAAAGUGGGAGGUGUCCGGAACCAUGCUUGGCUCUGGCUUCGGAUCCGUAGUAGCGGCCGGCGACGUUACGGGCGACGGCUGGGCAGAGCUGUUCGUCGGAGCCCCUCUCUAUAGCGAUCGAACACCGAAAGGAGGGGCCGUGGAAACGGUAGAGAGAGGAGCAGUGUUCGUGUACAAGCGAGGUGCCGCCGAGGGUCUGGUUUUCCACGACCACCUGAGGGCCAGUCCCCCCUCCCCUCACGCCAGGUUCGGGGCCGCCAUCGCCGUCAUCGGGGAUAUCGACCGCGACGGGUUUCAGGACGUGGCCGUGGGCGCACCGCAUGAGGACGACGGGGCGGGCGCUGUGUACAUCUUCAUGGGCGGCCCUGAUGGCGUGGGCGGCACAGCGAGCCAGCACCUGAGGGCGCGGGAUUUCGGCCAAGCCCUCAGAGGGUUCGGGGCGGCGCUGUCCAGGGGCGUCGACGUGGAUGGUAAUGGCUACCCAGACCUGGGCGUGGGCGCGUACGCAGGCGAGGGCGGCGCGGUGGUGGUCCUGACGCGCCCCGUGGCCACCGUGGACGGGCGCGUGAGCAGCGACCGAGAAGUCCUCACGGAAGCCGGCCAGGAGUUCACCGCCUCGGCCUGCCUCUCCUUCGCAGGACACAACGUGCAGGACAAGAUAGAUAUGAAACUGGAAUUAAUAUUAGACGAAGGAACAGCUGAUCGGGCGUAUUUUCUUGCAACUGGCAACGGCGUUAUCACGAAGGAGGUGGAGCUUAAACGUGACGUCAAGAAGUGCAACAAUUACGUAGUCAAAUUAAAGGAUGACCUGAAAAAUGCCACCCAUCCUCUGGAUAUUGUGUUCAAAUUCACCUCUGAUGACCUAGAUCCAGCCUCCCCCUGGUGCCCUCAGUGUGGUGUGGCGGCGCCCUCGUCCCCGACCGCUCACAGGACCUCCGUUCCGCUCGCCCUGGGAUGCGGCGACGAUGCGGUCUGCACGCCCACGCUCUCUCUGGAGGCGGCGUGGGCGGCGGGAGUGACCGACGGUCAGUACACCCUCGGCACGGGCGAUGGCCUAUACCUCGACGUAGAAGUGGGCGUGGGCGGCGAACCUGCCUACAAGGGGUGGGUGGGCGUGACUCUGCCUCCCGGCCUGACCUUCCGCUAUCUCCCCUACAAGUGCGUUGCCUCUGACGCCCACAGCGCCACCUGCAGUUUGGAUAAUCCCAUCCGGCCGCCCACGGAGAAGCUGACUCUAGUGGUGCAGGAGGAGACGGGGCAGCUGAGCAGUGAGGAGGGCGCGGUGGAGGUCCUAGUGUCAGCUGGAGCGUCAGGAGCCAAGGAUAAGCAGAAGGCGCUGACUCUCGGGCUGGUCAGGGAUGUCAGGCUCUUUCUUUCAGGGCAAGCUGAGGAGGAGAGCCUGCACUAUGACCCAGCCACGUCGUCACCUCAGGUCACAGUGAGGACAUUUUUCCAGGUGGGGAACCAGGGCGCAACGGCAUCUGCGGACGUCCCUCUGAAGAUUUUCGUGCCCGUGGCGUUCAGUCCUUCGCCGGGUGUGAACUUUACCUUCGGCGAGGUGCUGGAGGUAUCUUCGGCGAUCAGCUGUUCUGACGAAGGUGUGGUGUCAGAUAUGGGCGGCGUUACUGUUGGCGAAGUGUCGAAGCCGCCCUUUGACACGACCUUGAGUGUCACCUGUGCGGCACCGGGUUUUCUGUGCCACUCGUUCACCUGCACGUUCAAGGAUACAUAUCAGGUUCAGACUGUCUCUUUGAACACGCGGUAUGACUUUGGACAGCUACAGGAAAAAUACGGUUCGAACGCCACCGCCAGCAUCCACACCUGGGCAGCCAUCUUGUCAGAGCCAGAGACCCUCAGAACCGGCGUCGCGGACGUGUGGGUGACGGUGGCGCCGAAGGGAUGGAGGCCGCCCGUGCAGCCCGUCCCGCCCACGCCCGCCUGGGUGUACCUCGUGUCCGUGCUGGCGGGCCUGAUCCUUCUUGUGGUCAUUGUUUUCGUUCUGUUUAAGAUCGGGUUCUUCCGGCGCAAACGGCACCAGGACGCCCAGGAAGAAGGAAAGGGAAAAGAGGAGGGCUCCCUGGACGACACCCUGGCGGAGGAGGACUUCACGUGGCAGGCCGGGGACGCGGCGGAGGAAGGCGGGGAGCCGGGUGCCCUUCCGGAAGCCCAGGAUGCUCUGCUCGAAGAUGAGGAUUCGUGAAGGAAGAGGGGCAAGGAG